CCUGGGGUGAUGGGUCCGACUGGAUAUGGUAAGACAGGUGCUCAAGGUCCGCAAGGAAACCCAGGAAGUCAGGGUCCUGUUGGUCCACCAGGUUUAUCAGGAAUAAAAGGAAUACAUGGAGAUAAAGGAAUUAAAGGCAAUUUGGGUGGACGAGGAGUAGCUGGAGCUGACGGAACACCGGGCCCUCCUGGACACAGGGGACAAACAGGAAUAACAGGAUUGAAAGGAGAAAAGGGAAUCAGAGGAGAACCAGGACACAAAGGAGAGCAAGGCAGGCAAGGAGUACCUGGACCAUCAAUUGAUCCAGAAACCUUGAAAAAUUAUUUUGAACCAGUCAAGACGAUGAGACAAGAAGUUGAUGGAAAACUGGGUAAAUUGAAUAGCUCUCUACAGUUACAAUUGGAAGACUUGAAACAUGAAAUUCUGGCUUAUAAUGAGAAACCUUCUGCGCACUUGUACGGUAACAAUGGCGGGCCAUACAGUGCGAGCUCCGGGACUGUCACUCAAUGGUAUAAGAGCAGUGGUACCGUUUGGUCUCCCUUUCUUCGCGGUGGCAUGCAGUAUAGCAACGAUGCUAUCACUGUUCCCAACGAUGGCCUUUACUACGUUUACGCACAAAUGUACUAUUACCAUCCAAGCUCAAGCCACUACAAUGCUGGUUUUCGUAUCAGAGUGAAUGGUACCGGUCGCGCCUAUGCUUAUUGGUACAACAACCAUUCCCAUGAUCAUCACACUCAUUACAUGGGACGCAUCAUUCAGCUGAAAAAGGGAGACAACCUGUCAAUAACGUUCGAAAACACCUGUUACUACUACUUCUAUAGCGAGAACACAUUUUUUGGUGCGUUUCUAGUGAACUGA